CUUUUGCUACAAUGUGACAAAACAUAUGAAUUAUUUAAUUUGUAAUUAUUUUAAUGUGAAGUAUUUAACAAUUAGGGCUGCUCAAUUAAUAGUGACAUGGCUUAUUGUGGUAAUAAUGAAUGUGUGUGUAUAUAUAGUAAAUUCUGUUCAGGUCCUGGAAUCUGAACAGCUGAGACUCUUUCAGGAUUGUGAUAUUUCACCAAAAUCAGUAUAAUAAUCAGUCUUAAUUAGUCAGUAAUCAGUCUUAACUGAAAAUGAACAAUUAGGAGUAUGUGUGUAUUUACUUGUUUAUUUGUUCUUGUUUAACAGAUUAAUGUGCGUGUGACUACUAUGGAUGCAGAGCUGGAAUUUGCUAUCCAACCCAACACCACUGGCAAACAGCUCUUUGACCAGGUCGUGAAGACAAUAGGUCUGCGAGAGGUCUGGUUUUUCGGUCUGCAGUAUGUGGACAGUAAAGGCUACUCAACAUGGCUAAAGCUGAAUAAAAAGGUGACUCAGCAGGAUGUUAGAAAGGAAAACCCUCUACAGUUCAAGUUCCGGGCAAAGUUUUUUUCCAGAAGAUGUUUCUGAAGAGCUGAUCCAAGAGAUAACACAACGUCUCUUCUUCUU